AGACGUUUUAUUUCUCUGCUCAGACGCCUCUAGGUGGCACUGUUUAACAGUGUGUGAGAUCGAAUUACAGUAGCUUAUAUUUAUAAAGCAUAAAAUAAUUCAUUUGUGGAUUGCUCUGUGUGUGGGUAUAAGGGUUCAUUGUUGCCCUUGAGCUCCACUGUCACCUUUUGCUUGUGCUCCACUCCUGGUGGCCUAAAUCAAACGGCCUGUUAUCUGCAGUGUAUUAAAGCAGGAAUUAAGUGUAAUAAUAAACUGGCUUUAAUUGGUUUCAUUUUUAUUACUGACUCUUUUGUAAUAAAGUAGAUAAGGAUAUCUCGCUCGCUCACGGAGAUACCAAAACGUAUCUCAUUACAUGUUAUGUAGCGUGGACUGAACUGUUCAGACAGCCUCGAUGAAGUUCUUUUUUGUACUGCUAAACUCCGCCCUGGUGGCCGACUUUAACCUACUUCUUUUAAGAUUUCAAAGCGGCGAGUUUGAGUCCGGGUGGUGGGACAGAGCGGGCUUCCAAACACGUGUUACAUCGACCUCUAAAUCUAUAUCUAUUCAUGAAAUAUCCCGCUGAUCUUUUAUGUUGAGCUUAUUUAUAGUUUGAGGGGAACAGUGUGACUACUAUACUUGUUUUCGAGGAGGAAACGCGCUGUAAACUUUGAGCGGCACUGUACUCUCAUGUGUUACACAUUUGUAACAAACAGAAACGUUUUGACUUGAACUCGCUUUUUUUUUCUUUUUGCUGAAAAUAGUUAUUUGUAACACAUUUUGAUCGUUUUAUUUAGCUUUAGUUAUUAUUAUUAUAUAAACGAGACACAACUGGAAAGCAUUGUAUGAUCCUCUAUGUGCUCUAUUACUGAUUCCACUGAGAAGACUUGAACAUGAACGAGAAACACACGCUGGAAAACACUAAACUAAAUCCGGAAGACUUGGCGAACUAUGCGAAGCUCGAGGCGGGCGACGCGUCUAAGCUCCCCGGCGACCAGAGCCCAGAGGACGGCCACGGGGAGCCGCAGCCGACCCGUCUGUACAAACGCCGCUGGAUUAUCGUGUUUCUGUUCAGCUCCUAUUCGCUGUGCAACUCGUAUCAAUGGAUCCAGUACGGAAUCAUCGGAAACAUCUUCAUGAAGUUCUACAACGUGGAAGCGUUCACCAUAGACUGGACGUCGAUGAUCUACAUGCUGACGUACAUCCCGUUGAUCUUCCCGGUGACCUGGCUGCUGGACAGAAAGGGGCUCCGGGUGAUCGCGCUGGCGGGCACGGCGCUCAACUGCGUCGGGACGUGGAUCAAAGUGGCCAGCGUCCGGUCCGAUCUGUUCGCCGUCACCUUCCUGGGGCAGUUCUGCUCCUCCUUGGCGCAGGUCUUCAUCCUGGGGAUGCCGUCGAAAAUCGCCUCGGUGUGGUUCGGUUCGGAGGAGGUGUCCACCGCCUGCUCCAUCGGAGUCUUCGGGAAUCAGAUGGGCUGUGCCAUCGGGUUCCUCUUGCCUCCAAUCCUGGUGCCUAACGUGGAGGACAUGGACGAGCUGGCAAAGCACAUCAAAACCAUGUUCUACAUAACAGCAGGAGUGGCUUCUUUUCUUUUUAUCCUCGUUAUCUUUGUUUUCCAGGAGCGCCCGAAGCUUCCACCGACUCUGGCGCAGGCCUCAGCUCGCACAAUGCCCCCAGAGGACUACUCCUAUCUAGCAUCCAUCCUCAGGCUGCUUCGAAACAAACCCUUUGUGCUCCUCAUCGUCAGUUAUGGUCUGAACGUGGGUUGCUAUUAUGCUGUAGGAACUCUGCUGAACCGCAUGAUCAUCGACCGUUACCCUGGUGAAGAAGUGAAUGCUGGGAGGAUUGGGCUCACAAUUGUCGUUGCAGGGAUGGUCGGCUCCCUGAUCUGUGGAAUCUGGCUCGACAGAACAAAGACAUACAAACAGACCACUCUGGCUGUGUACGUCAUGACUCUGGUGGGUAUGAUCGUAUACACUGCGACACUCGACCAGGGACUCCUCUGGGUGGUGUUCAUCACUGCUGGAUCCCUUGGGUUCUUCAUGACAGGCUACCUGCCUCUCGGUUUCGAGUUUGCAGCUGAGCUGACGUACCCGGAGUCAGAGGGAACGUCUUCGGGAUUGCUGAACUGUUCAGCACAGGUGUUUGGCAUCAUAUUCACCAUCAGCCAAGGGAAAAUCAUCGACAAGUUUGGGACGUUGGCAGGAAACAUCUUCCUCUGUGUCUUUCUGCUAAUUGGCUCAAUAAUGACAGGUUUGAUCAAGUCUGAUCUACGGAGACAAAAUGCAAACCGGCAGGCCAAAGAAGAGGCGGAGAGACGGAUGCUGGAGCAAGACUACGGAGCGACAACCCAAAUCUCACCCGAGCCACAAACUGCUUCCUCUCAAGCCUGAUCAAACAAAAAAUUUUCUGUGCACACACAAAAAAAAAAAUCUCCUCAAAUUUUAGCUCAACACACAGCAUUAGAAAGGUAGGAGCACAGAACAAUCACACACUGUUGUUGAUUAUCUUGCCACCUGCUGUACACUAUUUCACUGCGCACCUUUAAAUCUCUCCACUCUGUCUCUCUGUUUGUGAAGAUCAAUGCUUAAUCAACUGUAUUUUUUAAUUCUUUCACUGUGUGUUGCUUGAAAUUAUUUUUUUCCCCCCAGAUUCAGAGAAUUAAUCUGAGCGAGCAAAAUGUGUUUUGCUCAAAUUACAUUUUUCAAAUGUAUUAUUACAGACACUGAAGGAAAUACAUUUAGCUAACUCACCAUGUAAAAGGUACUUUUGCAAAAGGAAAAGAAAAAUCUCCAACAGCUGAACAUAUUUGUUAGUCUCUUAAAGAUUUUUCGUUCACAUCUUAUUUUAAACAAUUUAUGGAAAAAAUUUAAAAAUCAAACUAACCUCUGUUUAAGGGUUUAAGUGUAGCUCAAAGGAAAUCGGUAGAAUAAACCAGAUCAUAUGUUCAAAGUUUUUCUUCCUCAUAAUUCGCAGCAUUAAAGUAGCUAUAUUGUCACACUGUAGUUUGGUAUACUACUGAUAUUUAUCAUUUUUUUUAAUAGCAGAAUUUUAUUUAAGCUUCAUGUAAUCUCUCAUGGUCCUCCCAUCACCAUACUUUACUGCCUCCAUCUGACGUAUUUGUAUUUUAUUGGGAUUUUAUUUGAUAUAGCAAGACAAAGUAGUGCCUGAUUGUGUGAACUGCUAGAACUUGAUAGUUUAAAAAAAUCUUUACAAGUACACAAAUGUAACAGCCUUCCUCAUUAUCCAUUAUAGCUGCUGAAACAGAAGAAGCAGAAUUAACAAAUAAUUUUGCGUAUGCUGUCUUUUUACUCCCCAUCAUCCUUUAGUCCUAACAGAGAACUAAUCUUUUUUUUCCAGAUUUAAGCAAAUUAAUGUUUGUUUGUUUUUUUUCUCUUUACCGUUAAUGAAUUAGAAUGAAAAGGUUCUCAUUUGUUGGUGGUCAGAACCAAACGUACUCAGUGUGAAGCAUUAUUAUCAGAAAUGUUUUUGUGUAAAUACUCUUACUAUGUUUGGCUAAACAUGCAAGUCAAAUGGCUAAUUUUACUGUACAUACAGACAUUUAUAUUAACUUAAUACGUUUUUUUAAUUUACAGGAACCUCCUGAUUCCUCCAUGGGAAACUUGGACUCACCCACCAUCAUCAAAGAAGUCCGGUUAUAGAGGAAUUAAUUUAAUCUCCGACGAUUUUAAUCUCAAGUACUGAUAAUCAUGAAACCACCAGAUUGCUUUCUCUUCUGAAUAGACUGAGACAAAUCUGUGAAACAAUGCUGCCUUGACAGUUUGAUCUGUCAGUAUUUUAUUUUUUUAAAAUGUUUAUUAAUAUUAUCUGACUGAAAUAGAGCAACAAGGUUUGAUACUUUGUUGUUUCACUUUAGAUUUGAUUUCAUUACACAGUAGUUUUGAAAUUUAGGUGUCUGAUUAUGUCCAGAGUUGCUGGGAAAACUGAAAUCGUAAUAGUGUUUUUUUUUUUUUUUGUUUUCUUUGUUUUCUUGGUUUUUUUUUUGUUUUGUUUUGUGCAAACCUCAUGAGGUGAGAGGCAGUGUUACUACUACUAGAGUUUGUCAAAACCCAAGUAAUGAAAACAAAGAAAUAUCUGCACACUUUAUGAAAACAGUCAACUUGUGCUGCUGUAGUAGAAUCCAAUAUUAGAGACUGGCUUAAAGGGGCAGUGUUAUGUAAAAUUGACUUUCUUGAGCUUUACACCAUGUUAUAAUGUUAUUCCCUCAUCAAACACAUACCUGAAGUGCUGCCUUGAUUCUUCCAUUCAUGUUUGAGAAAUUAUUCAGUCUCCCGUGGCAACCAUUCAGCUGUGCACAACGCCUGGGGGGACCUAGCACCACCUUCGAGAUGCAACUUCAGCUUCGUGCUGCAGUUUCGAAGCAUCUGAGCUCCCAUCUCACAGAGCAGCCCUCCCCAGCAACUGCCCCACUCAGCUCCUUCAGACUAGUCAGCAGCAAUUAGUAAAUAUCUGGUGGAUCUGCUGGGCUUGUUAUGCGAGCUACUUCUCAGUGCAACGCUGGUAAAACCGCUGUUGAAGGGUUAAUAGAAGAGUGAUGUUGUGAUUACUUCCUGAAAGUGAGUUUUCAGAGAAAGAGGCCCAAUUUCAAGUCACUAAAUACUGAAGUCAAAUUUCUUUUGAGUAAUAUUUGUUAUACGCAGCAUUUUUAUAACAACUGAAGGCAAGAUAGUUAGUUGAUUGUGCCAUAAAAUUUCACUAUGUGCCUACAAAACAGAUAAUAUUGCCCCCUUCACCGGAGAAAAAUAUCCAUGUAAUUGUAUCAGCGAGCAGAGCGCUCACUUCAGUUUUCAAAGGGCUGAAUCUAUACAGCACGUUUCCGGUCAUUCUAACUAUUCGAAGCACUUUACACCAAAACCAGAUUCAAACAAUCAUGCUCACAUUUGAACCAGUGUGUCAUCGUUCCAGUUAUUUCACUUUUGUUAUUUGUCCUGUUAUUUCUCUUUAGGUUAGUAGUUAUUUUUCUUUCAACCACUCUAAUGACUAGACUAAAUUUCUCUCACGUCAGCUGAGUGUUUUUUGUCUUUCACAGUUUUGAAGAGCGUCACUAAAUCUAGCCUCUGUGUUAGGUCAUAUUUAAAACACAUUUUGAAAAAGUAAAAGGUGGGUCUCCAAUUAAACACUAAUUAACUUAGAACACUAAAGAAAAAAAAUGACAAUCGUAUUUCAGCUACCUUCUUAGACUGGAUUAUUUUUUCCCGGUGGAUUAUUCUUUUCAAAUUAAAAGUUGGAUUUUUCUAAAAUUGGCAGUGCAAUAAAAUAAAUAUUUAAGGCUUUAUACUGUGAUAAAAAUGAUGUAAACUUUAUAACCGUGUUUUAGUUUUUAAAAAUAAGACUUAAUUAUAACAAAAGAGGGAUUCUAGUUUCUUGCAAUUUACUGAAGUGUAUUUAUUAGGGAUUUAAGUUAAUUAAAAGAACUAGUCAGAAAAUUAGAGAAGAAAUUUGGGAACAAUAUUGAUUGAGCAACACAGACCCACACCCUGCAUGCAAACAUCCACACUCAGGCAUUAGCACCAGAAUCAAAUUAAAGUUUGGACUAAUCCUGAUUUAUUAUUAUUUUUUAAGUUUUUGAUUCUCUGAAUUAGUAAAAUGCGAUAAGUGUCAGACAAACAGUCACACUUGCUUACAGGCAUUGAAUGACUCUUGUUCUGAUUACACUUUAUAGUUAUCAUAAUAUAAAGUAUGAUAGGCGCUCACGGAUGUCAUUAGAGUGGGAUAAGAGGUUGUUUUGCUAAUCUAAAAGGUUCAUCAAGGAUAUUUUCAAGGUCAGUUAGAGAUCUAUAAAAGUUUGAAAGGUCAGAUUUGAAGUGUUUGUGCUGAGUGCUAAUUUCACUU